AUGUCCUCUAAAGCAUCUGAAACCAAUAAUGACGACCAGUCCAUUGGGACACGCGGUGUUGCUGGUAUUCCUUCAAAGAGGCAGUCUCGAUGCGGUCUCGUAUCAAAUCAGAAGACGCGCCUGCACACUCUCGUCGCAUUGUCAAUAGUAGUGGGCAUACUUGUCAUAGCUUUCCCUCGCCUGCCGUCUCUCAAGAGCGCAAGUCGAACAUCCGAUGAACUUGCACAGGGACUACGAUCAUUUGACAUUCCGCUUUCUUCUUCUGGUAUCCCAUCAACAUAUACAACACGUUUAGAUUACCUCUCUGCCUCCGCUCCUCCAGAGCACAAAACACCAGACACUACCGCAGUUAUUCUCAACUGGUCGCGGUUAGAGAACGUUUUAUUGAUUUCUGCACUUCUUUGUGGACCCUGGCUGGAUGGUACUAUUGCUGAGAUUUUCAAGCCCACAGGCUGUCCGAGUAGAAAACUGCGUAUAUAUAACUCGCCAUCGAAUAUGUUAUUUCAAGCCAGAUACUUAGCAUGUAUCGAAGCGAAGACACCGUACUGCUUUACACAGGACGACGACUACUUGGUCCAACCCGAGGUCAUCAAGAACUUGCACUUCUACAUGUCUGAGAACCCGUCAUCCAGUAGUAUGCAUCUCUUGCCAGCUCAUGAGCAUCUACUCUCGCGACUGCGAAUAUUUAUUAACGAAGACCAAUCGAUAACUACAGCGUUUGCGUGGCUCGGACAUGGCACGUACUUGAGUCGCACCUCUGCAAGGGAGUUCUUGAGUCUACUUCAAGAACUGAAUGUGACCAAUGAUGAAAUGAAAAUGGCGGAUAACUAUUUCACAAUCCUUGCAAAUCGGCCGAAAAUGGGUGAAAUUUGGUUUGAUCACGGAAUUGAGUUGGGUGGUGGGCUACCCUUCACAGUUGGCAGUGAGGGUGACGAUAGGAAUAAUAGGCAUAUUGCAAGGGCUCUAGAAUACCUCUCCUCGCUCAUCUCUGGUGGACAUCCUGCCCCGCAACACAAUUAUGUUUCUAAAGCUGCCAGCUCAAAGGAACUGGCACGGGCUAAUUUCGCACCAUGUCGUCUGAAUUCAUGUGUCUUGUCGUCCAACAUUAUGCUCUUGUCGUCGGAAGCGACCGCUGAAUUCCAAGGCAUCAACUCAGAAUCUGUCUCUAGGAGAAAAUUACAAAACUUGAGUGCGGACGACAGAAACCGGUACAUACAGCAUCCAUUGUCCAGCAUUGUCGAUGCACGUCCAAAUUCAGCGUUCAGUAGCCCACAACGUAAAGUUUUCCUUUUAACUCGUCACGCUCGUAGGCCAUUCUAA